AUGUUUGCAAAAUUUUUCAAAAAGGACAAGAAGGAUAAAAAAAAGCCAGAUGAAAAGCCCUCUAGUGUCCGUCACUACGAACAAACCAACGAUAAAAGAAAAGACACUAGUGCAAUUGUUCCUCAGGAAAAAAUAACAAAGGAUGACUUUGAAAGCUUUGAUCUGCUCGGUAAGGGGUCCUUUGCUUACGUGGUCCUCUGCCGACAUAUUUCAACAAAUCAGUUCUAUGCGAUGAAAGUUGUAAACAAGCAAGGAUUGUUGGACCAAAAGCGCAUACAGGACGUGUUCACCGAGCGAAACGUUCUUAUGCGUAUGGGCCAUCCAUACUUGCUAAAGUUACACUGGACUUUCCAAUCUGAGCACAAAGUGUUUUUUGUUAUGGACUACAUGUCCGGAGGUGAUCUUGAUAAGUAUAUGAACUCCGUUCCUACCAAACAGCUCGACUUGUUUACUUCAAAAUUGUACGGCGCUGAAAUUUUGCUUGUUCUCAAUUAUCUGCACGAUAAUAGCGUGAUUUACCGUGACUUGAAGCCCGAGAACAUUUUGCUUACCCAUGACGGGCAUUGCACACUCGCCGAUUUUGGUCUUUCGAAGGAUUUAUUCGAAGAUGACCAAGAUGAUUCGAACCAAGAUAUGCGAGCCGACUCGUUCGUGGGCUCCCCAUUCUAUGUUGCCCCAGAUGUGCUACGCCGGCGAGAAUACACGAAUGCAAUCGAUUACUGGUCUUUUGGUAUUCUUCUCUACCGCAUGCUAUGCGGCCGCGCGCCUUUCAACGGCAAAAGCAUGCGGGAGGUAUUCGAACAAAUUCUGUACUCCGAUCUUCGCUUCCCCAGUAGUGUACAGCUUCCAACAGAGGCCAAGGAUCUCAUCAGCCGUCUCCUAGUAAAGGACCCCAACCGUCGGAUUAAAGGCCCCGAGAUCAUGGCCCACGAAUUUUGGAAUGGCAUCAACUUCGACGACGUGAUGAAGAAGAAGAUCGUUCCGCCGAAAUGGACCCCCCUUCCUACCGUAGAAGAGAUGAUCGCCCCCAAAUCGGGCGUCAACGAGACCCAGCCCAACAUGAGCACCCAACAACUGGUCAACACCCCAUCCCACGUUUCCGAGCUCAACCCUACCCAACAGCAGCUUUUCGGUGGCUUCACAUGUACAGCAGAAAGCUAUCUGAAUGUUGCUUAA